AUGCCGGAAGCGUUUUCAAAGGCUAAAAUUGGUAGGAAACAAUUGCUGGGUGCACCAGAAGGUGUUGGAGAAUUGUUGUUGUUUAUUCCACUUCAGAUUCCCGAUUACUCCAAGAAACGGGAAGGACCGGGUGAGAAUGGUGAUCCCGUGUUCCUAGAAGCGGAACUUGGCGAACCUCUUGAUGAACAUCUGAAGAGAUUCGGUUCUCUUGUGACACUGAUUCGGUCCACUGAAAGGCUCGGUUUGAUCAGAGCGAAAUUAAAGGGAGCAAAAGCCGCAACUGGUGACGUGCUUGUGUUCCUCGACUCUCAUUGUGAAGCAAAUGCCGGCUGGAUCGAACCGCUACUGGCGCGUAUUCAAGAACAGCGCACUGCUGUUGUCUGCCCAAUCAUUGACUCCAUUUCUGAUACGAAUCUUGCUUAUCUUGGUGGUUCACAUGGAGGAAUCGGGACGUUCUGGUGGUCGCUCCACUAUAGUAUAUCAUCAAUGCCCAAGAGGGAAAUUGAGCGAAGAAAGCAUCCAGAAACUGACUACAUACGGUGA